AUGCAUUUUCGAAGGUGCAUACGAAAAUAUUGUAUAAAUAAAAAAAUUGUUAACCCCUUUGAACAUGUGAAGAGAACACUAAAUGACAACAAUUAUUAUUAUUAUGAUAUUAACGAACUGCAUGAUAGCAGAAUUAAGAGUUUACCAUAUUCGAUAAGGGUUCUACUAGAAUCUGCUGUUCGUAAUUGUGACAAUUUAAAAGUAAGUGAAAAGAAUGUAGAAACUAUAUUAGGAUGGAAAGAAAAUUGUAAGAAGAAGAAGGAAGUUCCUUUUAUGCCUACUAGAGUAUUAUUACAAGAUUUGACAGGUGUCCCAUGUAUUGUUGAUUUAGCUACCAUGAGAGACACAGCAGAAAAAUUAGGAUGUGAUGCAGAAAGAAUUAAUCCUUUAAUCCCUGUAGAUUUAGUUAUUGAUCAUUCUGUUCAGGUAGAUUAUAGUAGAAGAGAAGAUGCUUUAGAAUUAAAUGAAAAGAAAGAAUAUGAAAGAAAUUUAGAACGAUUUAAAUUUCUUAAAUGGGGUAUGAAUUCAUUUAAAAACAUGUUAAUAUUACCACCUGGUUCUGGUAUAGUUCAUCAGAUUAAUUUAGAAUAUUUAGCCCAUUGUGUUUUUAAUAAAAACAAUUUACUCUAUCCGGAUAGUGUUGUAGGAACUGAUUCACAUACAACCAUGAUAAAUGGAUUAGGUAUAUUAGGAUGGGGAGUAGGAGGUAUAGAAGCUGAAGCAACCAUGUUAGGUUUACCAAUAUCUAUGACAUUACCAGAAGUUGUAGGUAUAAAUGUGGUAGGUAAAUUAUCUGAUUAUUUAUUAAGUACAGAUAUUGUUCUAUAUAUUACUUCUUUCUUAAGAAAAGAAGUAGGAGUUGUUAAUAAAUAUGUUGAGUUUUUUGGAACAGGUUUAAAAGAUUUAAAGUUAGCUGAUCGUGCUACUAUAUCAAAUAUGGCGCCUGAGUAUGGUGCAACCGUUGGCUUUUUUCCAGUCGAUGAUAUUACCUUAGAAUAUUUAUUACAAACUGGUAGAGAUAAAGAAAAAGUUGAACUUAUAAGAGAAUAUUUAAUGAAAAAUUCGAUGUUUAAUACUUAUAAAGAUAAUGUUGAAUAUACCGAUGUAUAUACAUUAGAUUUAUCAAAACUAAAUUUAUCACUCUCUGGACCUAAAAGACCACAUGAUAAUGUAUUACUAUCAGAACUACAUAAAGAUUUUACUAUGUGUUUAGAAUCUCCUAUAGGAUUCAAAGGAUAUAACAUAUCAAAAGAAGAGCGUCAAAAAAAAAUCUCCUUUAUGUGUACUAAAGAUGGAAAAGAAUAUGUCUUAUCUCAAGGUAGUGUUGUUCUUUGUGCUAUUACGUCAUGUACUAACACAAGUAAUUCGUCAUCUAUGAUAGCUGCUGGAUUGUUGGCAAAAAAAGCUGUUGAGGAAUUCGGACUUAAAAGUUUACCGUAUAUUAAGAGUUCGUUAUCACCAGGUUCUAAGGCCGUUCAGAAAUAUUUAGAAGCAGGUGGAUUAUUAAAAUAUUUAGAAGAACUAGGUUUUUAUAAUGUCGGAUAUGGAUGUAUGACAUGUAUUGGUAAUAGUGGGCACCUAGAUGAAGAAGUUGAAGAAGUUAUAAACAAAAAUGAUUUAAUUGUAUCGUCUGUAUUAUCAGGAAAUAGGAAUUUUGAAGGCAGAGUUCAUCCUUUAAUUAAGGCUAAUUAUUUAGCUUCUCCGGUAUUAGUUGUUUUAUUCAGUAUUAUUGGAAACGUGAAUGUAGAUUUGAAUAAUUAUACUUUUAAUUAUAAAGGAAAGAUAAUUAAUGCAUUAGAUUUAAUUCCACGUAAAGAAGAAAUUGAAGAAUAUGAGAGGAAAUAUAUAAAACCAGAAAUGUAUACAGAAAUAUAUAAAAAUAUUAAAUAUGUAAAUAAAUAUUGGAAUGAUAUACAAAUAAAAAAAAAUAAGCUAUAUGAAUGGGAUAAAAAUUCGACAUAUAUACAUAAACCACCAUAUUUUGAAAAUAUGAAAUUAGAAAUAGAAAAGAUACAAGAUAUAAAGGAUGCCCAUGUUUUAUUAUUUCUAGGAGAUAGUAUAACAACAGAUCAUAUAUCACCUGCUGGAAUGAUACAUAAGACAUCGGAAGCAUACAAAUUUUUAAAGGAAAAAAAUAUCAAGGAUCAAGAUUUAAAUACGUAUGGAGCAAGAAGAGGAAAUGAUGAAGUUAUGAUAAGAGGAACCUUUGCAAAUAUUAGAUUAAUAAAUAAAUUGUGUCCAGAUAAAGGACCCAAUACAAUACAUAUACCUACAAAUCAAUUAAUGUCUGUAUAUCAAGCAGCUAUGAAAUAUAAACAAGAUAACAUAGAUGUAAUCAUAAUUGCGGGAAAAGAAUAUGGUUGUGGGAGUUCAAGAGAUUGGGCUGCUAAAGGUCCAAAUCUUUUAGGUGUUAAAGCUGUUAUAGCUGAAUCAUAUGAAAGAAUACAUAGAAGCAAUUUAAUUGGUAUGAGUGUCUUACCUUUACAAUUUAUAAAUAAUCAAAGUCCCCAAUAUUAUAAUAUGGAUGGUACUGAAAAAUUUACUAUCUUAUUAAAUGAGGGAAAUAUUAAAGCACAACAAACUAUUAAAGUUCAGAUGAAUCAAAAAGGGAAAAUUAUUAUUUUUGAUGUUCUGUGUAGAAUAGAUACCGAAAUUGAAGAAAGGUAUUUUAGAAACGGAGGUAUUCUAAAAUAUGUUUUAAGAUCAUUAGUUAAUGAGGCUAACAAAUAA